AUCCAAACGUUCCCUCGCUCAUUCCUCCGCCCUCUCUCCCGACAAAACAGGAGAAAAAAGAGAAAAAAGGAGAGAGUCAGAGAGAAAAGAGAGAGAGAUCUCUACUAACAUCAAAACCCACACAAGUGGGAUGGUGAGAGACCAACCUGACACACCCCCACCACAUCAUGAUUACAUUGCAUUAACCAAUCACAGCAUUGAGUCUUUCCCCAUAUAUUGAUUCAUCCCGAUCGCCCAAGAUAACCCUCAGGCCUUAACCAUAAGGAGGACUUCCUCACUAAAUUCAUUGUGGUCAUUACAAGUACUAUUGUUGCAUUCUUUUUGUCGGGGAGAGGGUUCCGGAAUUGCCAACACCACGAAGGAGAGAUAGAACAUGAAGAGUUCAUCUUCCGGCAUCAAUUAUCUGCAACAGACGAAGAGGGGUGGAACUUUUUCAUCCUAUUUGCGAGAUCAACAAAAUCCAUGAUCUACAAUGUUGAGCUAUGCUUAGAGAUUUUUAAGAGACAGGUCUUAAUGGAUUUGAAUUCGAAUGAUCAAAGCUUAGAUGAGAGUGAUCUUCCAACGGAGGAAAGUUCUGAGUCUGUUGUAAAAUUAGAUCUUAAUCUUUCUGCGAAUAAAGAUGAAGAGGGGGGUGAGGUUUAUGCUCAUGUGAACACAACAUGCAGUGAUGGAAAGCAAGUGGAUUUGAAUCAACAGGAGCACAAAGGAUUGCCAUCAUUGUUACCUGCUGAUGGACCGGAAUCUCCUUGUACAGGACCCAGUUCUGUGCCACCACCAUCAUCCCCGAUGCCAGAAUAUUCACUAAAUACAGUGAGGGAAACCGGAGAACUUCUUUCCCCUGUACGGACUGAGUUGUAUGAUGAUGAUGUGGAGAGGAGAAACUCGGACCAUAGUCGGGAGAGAUCAAAGUCUCCAUUAAAGGAUAACCAUUGCACUGGUGAAGCAGAGAUGGUAGGUUGUGAUGAUUAUUCUGGUAAAUCAUUGUCUACAUUGCCAACCAAACCUUUCCACAAUGAAAUGGAAGCUGGAGAUUCUGCUCAUGAUUUAUCAAACUUUCCUUCAACAGUGGAUACUUAUUAUCACGGAGAAGAAAUGGCGAGGGGCAAAAUUGAACCUUAUAGUGGGACGGUUCCCCCCCAUGGUAGAGAAGUAAGGGAAAAUUUUGUUAAAAUUUCUAACUUCCUGUUUGAAAAGACUGACUCCAUCAAUAAAGAAUUGGAAAGGGAGAAUCCUGAUCAGCAUCUGGAGUCACCUUUGAGGAUGGGGAAGUCAUCAUCUGAUACUGGAAAAGUAGAAAGGGGGAACUCUGAUCUGCACUCUCCCGGGAGAACCCCUAAACAGUCACCAUCACCGUUAAGGCGGAUGUCAGUUUCAUCUGAAAGGUCUCUUUCUACACUAGCAUCUUCAGGGCACAAAACAGUCUCUCCAGCCAAGGGUGUUCCAGAAUCAUCCUGUUCCCCAGGUAGACAGAAACGUUCACCUUCACCUGAAAGGACUGGUUCAGAUGGUAAAAGAGUUCCUGCACGUGAUCAUUCAACUCCUGUAAGACUGAAAUCUACUUCUCCAUGGGGGUCUUCACGACGGGAUUCUCAGCGUAGGAAUGAUUCUCCACGGAAGCGCUUAUCUGCAUCACCAAGAAGGCGAUAUUCACCACCAGGUCAUCGAAGGAGGGACAGAUCAUCUUCACGAUCACCAAUCAGGAAGAAAGAUUCUUCUGGACAUGAAAGAGAUAACCGCAAUAGAUCACAAUCGAGGUCCCCUUAUGGAAGGGAUCGUUAUAGAAGAUCCCCAAGGAGGAGGUAUUCUCCCAGGUGCAGAUCUCCUCCUGGAUAUCAUUUUCGUCGCCGCUCACAAAGGAGGCCAUGGUCCCCGCCUCCUAACCGGAGCACUGGAGUGGGGAGACCUGGCAAGACUUUAUUUGUUGCAGGUUUUAGCUUUGUAACUACUGAAAGGGAUCUGGAAAAGAAGUUUUCUAGGUUCGGGCGUGUUUCAGAUGUUCGUAUUGUUCGGGAUAAGAGGACGGGGGAUUCUCGUGGUUUUGGAUUUUUAUCCUUGGAAAGAGAUGAAGAUGCCGAUGCAGCGAUCCGAGCUAUUGACCAAACGGAGUGGAAUGGUCGGAUUGUCCUGGUGGAGAAAUCAAAGACACAUGCUCCCUGAAUUGUUUAUUUUGGUCUAUCAUAUUUGCAGAUGGUGCGACCUUUUGCAGAAUUUUCUUCACAGGGCUCCUUGGGCUGUUCAGUUGUCGCCAACAGUGAUAUAGUUUUUGGAUACAUGGCAAGUAUCACUUAAAAUCAGACUCUUGAAACUGCUGCGGCUUUGUUUUUGUUUAAUACUACAAGACUUCUUUCCAUGUUCCUAUAACUACAGCUACUGUAAAACUCUUAGUUUUAUAUCAGCUAGCUGGCUUUUGUUGUACCUUUA